AAAUGCCAGGAUAUAAACUUAGAGGUUACACAUCUUUGUAUUGUUUAUUAUACAUUAUCGUAAACAAUAAUGUACAUAAUUCACCCGUUUACAAUUAGUUUAUGAGUUUUUUUUAAAAUGUCGUGUAAUUAUGCAGACGGUCUGUCAGAAUAUGAAAAUAAAGGUAUAUUGGGUACACCGGAGAAAUUCGAUUCUGAAGAAAAAGUCAAUGAAAAAUGUGAGCUUUUGGUACAGUGGAUGAAAGACUCAAAACAUAUAGUUGUACAUACUGGUGCAGGUAUUAGUACUUCUGCUGGCAUUCCAGAUUUUCGAGGUCCAAGUGGGGUAUGGACAUUGGAAAAGCAAGGAAAAAAACCAAAUAUUAAUAUCUCUUUUAAUGAUGCAAAACCUACCAAAACUCAUAUGGCUAUUAAAUCUUUAAUAGAGAAGAACAUUGUGCAGUAUGUUAUAAGUCAGAAUAUUGAUGGACUUCAUUUAAGGAGUGGUUUAUCUAGGCAGAAUAUUGCAGAAUUACAUGGAAAUAUGUUUGUUGGACAAUGUAAUACUUGUGAAAGGCAAUUUGUUAGAUCUGAAGCUACAACAACUGUUGGCAAAAAAUGUUUAAAUGAAGACUGCAAAAGAUCAUCAAUGUUAAGGGGGCGUACAUGUAGAGGUAAAUUGUAUGACACUAUUUUGGACUGGGAAGAUAAUUUACCCGAAAAUGAUCUUGAAAUGUCAGAUUAUCACUCCAGUCUUGCUGAUCUCAAUAUAUGCUUGGGAACUACGCUUCAGAUAGUUCCUAGUGGUAACCUGCCUUUAAGAUGCCAAAAAUACGGUGGGAAAGUGGUUAUUGUCAACCUCCAACCUACGAAACAUGAUAAGAAAGCGGAUCUAAUAAUUAACACCUAUGUCGAUGACGUGUUAACAAAAGUGAUGAAAAAGCUUAAUUUAGAAAUACCAGAUUAUUCGUUUGAUAUAGAUCCCACCAAAAAUCAACUGCCAAAUUCUGUGAUAGAAUGGAACAUUUCAAAGCCAGAUAUAAACACAAUUAAAUUAGAAUAUGAUAAAUUGGUGAAAUAUUACAAAAAACGAAAAUCGGAAGAAAAACUUUUAAAUAAUUCAAAGAUUAAACCAAAAAUUAAAAAAUUAUCAAAAGGGAGUUAUGUAAAUAGAGAAAAUAUCAUUAAAUCUGAAAUUAAAAUUAGAAAAAAAGCGGACAACACUAAAAAUGAAAAUUCUAUUGAAGAGAAAAAGAUAAUUAUUGCAAAAUCUGAUUUAGAUCAUUCAGUUGACAAAGAAUUCCUAAAUUUAAGGGAUACAAAGAACGCAGACCAACAGCACAUUGUUCAAUAAACUUUAUGAUAAGUGAUAUAUUUAGGUUUAUAUUCUUACAAAUAAAAUAUUCUUAAAA